AUGGCUCUCUUAGGUCAAAUAAUUGCCAGAAGAGGGAUCCAUCUGGCCCCCAAACUCCCCCUUCAGGCAGAAUUCGCUAAGGCCGGUAUCCCUGGGUUGAUGUCUAAGGAACAGUUUAAAAUUGGAUGGAUAGAUUAUCAAGAUUUUUUAACUAAGAACUUAACACUAAAGACAGUCGACACAGAAUUUGAAGCAAGAAGUCCGUUGGCAAUUUUACUCAGUACGGCAAAAACUCAACGACUAGCCUCAGUUUUUCACUAUGCUUCUCAAUGCCACAAUAAUCAUCUCUUUUUCCAACAGUUGAUGCCAAAGGGAACUUGUACUACACCCAUCAAAGCGAAUUUGCUUGAGAAAAUCAACGACCAGUAUGGCGAUCUAGAUACUUUCAAGAAUGAGUUUCUUUUCAAUGCUGAUUCGUUAACUGGAAAUGGAUGGGUGUUUUUGGUGGAAAAUAGUGACAAGACCUUGAAAAUACUUCAGUGCAACAAUGACGGCACACCGUAUUUCUUUGGAAGGAACCAGAACAUUGAUCUCAAUGGGGCAAUAGAUAUUUCCGAGUAUGAGCAGUUGCUUUCAAAGAAAGAAGGAGUUAUAAAUCAUACGAAGGACUACUCGUUACCCCUUCUAUGCGUGAAUGUAUGGGAAUUUGCCUAUAUUCAAGAUUACGGAGUCACAGGAAAGGCUGAUUAUUUGGAGAAUUUCUGGGACUGUAUAAAUUGGGAAGUGAUCAAUAAGCGGAUAUUCAGUAACGUUCAGAAUUGA